CUGCGGACCCAUGACCUCACCCCAGGCUAAGCAUGCUGGCCAGCGCGCAAUCCCUGUUUCCCUGAUCGACGAACAAGCAAUCUCCCCUUCGACGCCAACACCGGCCAGCGCGCGCGCACGCACCCAACGCUCCACCACCCCCAGGCGCACCACCAAACUCUAACCUUCUCGUCGUUCGCUGUUUCCUUGUCUUGUUUACCCGCACUGUUGCACUGCGCCCCGUCACUUCCUAGGCCGGACAUGGUGUCGUUGCGACUCGUCUACUUUGCUCCCACGUAAUCUCCCCCGGUGCUGAUUCACUGCCAAGCCCUCGAAGCUUGCUGCGUGCAGGCAGGCGCGACACACCGGCUGGUGCUUGGUCGUGCGACGAGGAAGCCCCUCACAUCUCCCCUCGAGGAUGACCAGCACGCCCAUGGUUGAGCCCCGAAAGAGCGACCCGGGCCAUGGUACCAGCAGCAGCAGCAGCAAUGCCCACCUCCGCCCCGACGCCGUCGUCCAGGGGAGCAGCCAGACAUCGCAGGCGUCGACGCUGAACUCGUCCCACUCCAACAGCCACCACCUGCUGCCCUCGCCCAUUCCGCCCCCCACCGCCUCGUCCCUCACCUCGACCCAGCGCCCCCAGUCGCGAGUCAGCGCCGUCUCCGGCAACUCCAAGGACAGUCAAGACGGCCUGCCCCCCGUCCGCAAGAGCCACUCGCAGUCGAUAUCCAGCACUCCACGCACGCUGGCGUCCUCUAACCGGAGCAUAACCGCGAGCGCGGAGAACAGGGAGAGGCAGCGUGCCGUCCGCUCACUACCGCCCUGGGUCCAGUCCGCCGACGACGAAGACGAAAAUGUAGACGCCUCCAGCCUGCUCCUACCAAGGACGCCCACCAACGUCCGCCAUGCCAACCACAACUUCUGUCCGACCCCCAAGUCCAGCGUUCCAGGCCGCAAAUUCGACCAUGCUCGCGAGGGCGCUCCCGUGACCCUCUCGACGCCCGUCAGUGAUAGCGCGCCCAAGUGGAAGCAGUUCACGCAGGCCUCCAACCACGACCGCCCUAUCUCCUCACGUGGCCAGAUCGUCGACGAUGACUGGCUCAAGGAGAACAUGCCCGACCUCGAGCAGAAGUGGGAGCCCAUCGACAACGGCCUCGGCGACGAGCACAUCAAGGGCUUCUGGCUCUUCACCUCGGAAAAGAGAAAGCGCCGGCUGAUGCGCUUCCACAACACCAUCAUGAACCACCCCAUGGUCCCCGCCUUGGUCCGCGCCAUCGUCCUCGUCUUCUCUAUCCUCGCCCUCUCGCUUGCGUGCUCCAUCUACCGCCACUCGGACAAUAAUGGCUGUAGCAACAACUCGUCUACCUGGAUGGCCAUACUCGUCGACAUUGUAGCUGUCCUAUACACCAUCUACAUCACCUACGACGAAUACACAUCCAAGCCCCUCGGUCUACGCUCGCCCAACGCCAAAAUGUCGCUUAUCUUUCUCGACCUGGCCUUCAUCGUCUUCGAGUCGGCAAACCUUAGUCUGGCUUUCCAGGCCCUGACGGAUGACAAAUGGGCAUGCGUUGAAUCCGAUCGGACAAAUGCGUGUCCAUACCGACAGAGCAUUUGUGAGAGGCAGAAGGGCUUGACAGCGACACUGUUAAUUGCGUUGCUUGCAUGGAUUGCCACUUUUUCCAUCAGCACGCUGAGGUUGAUCCACCGUGUAGCGAGGUAGUGCCUCAAACACCUCCAUACAUUCUCCCACACUCCCUCGGCCCUUCCACCACGCCACCUAUAUCCCCACACUACAUUCCGACCCUUCAGCUUGACUGAUCCACCUUUUGCAUAGU